UUUCAAGUGCUUUGACUUCUACACUUUGCAAGAAGAAAACUGCAGUUCCGCGAAGCUUUAAUAUUAAUGGCGAGAAAGGAAAAAAAGAAAAAGAAAAAGAAAAAUAGCUUAAUUUCAUCUAUAAAGCGACUUAAUAUGUUAACAGAAUUGGGGAAGGGUGCAACAAGAAAAAGUUCUCUCUCUGAAAAGUGCAGUUCCCAUAUUUUAGCUUGAAGGAAUACAUGGAGGGUAAUGGCAGUGAACAACGAAAAUGUCAAAGAAGUUUUAAUCAUCGUGGGAUAAUAAAGGAAUGCUGGGAUGAAGCGUACAAGGUGUUUAAUAUGAUACUGGGUGAUAGUAUUUCAAAUAUACGGAGUUGGAAGAAGAAAAAAGCGAAAAUGCAAGAGGGCCGUACGCAGCUGGAAGAGAUGAUGAGCAAAUUUGCCUUGCAAGAGAGUUGCUGGACUGAAGUGGUAAAGCUGUCACGUAUAAUAUUGGGUGAUGAGAGUCUUUCAACUACGACCUCAUGGAAGUUAAAAGCAACGAAAGCAGUAGAGGCAAUUAAGCGACUCAAAGACCCGCAAUUUGUAUUGGAAAUGUUGAAAAAGAUGAUGAAGGAGAGUAUCAGUCAAAAUACGAAAGUGAAAGAGGCAUUCCAAUUGAUUGAAUCGGUAUUGAACUAAUCAGAAUAUUCAGUUCCAAACCAAGACUGUACAAAUGAGAUUAAUAGAUCAGAUAAAGCAGUUGUAUCCUUGAUAAAGGAGCUACAAUCACUUAACGUGGAGCUUGCACAGGCAAUACCGAUUGCUUUGUAACUCUGUUUCCGUUCUCUCUUUAUGUUUUUUUGCUUUAGAUCAAUCAUUAUUAACUUUAUAUUUUGCAUAUCUAGGCAAGUGACAUUUGUGACCAAAAGGCGCAAUCAAUGACGGAGGCAAAGACUUUUGGCAUGGUCUCGGGAAUGCUAAGUAAAAUGUCCGAGUCUUGUUGUGCAAAGAUGCGUGAAAUUGUGGACCCUAUAGGUUCUAUUCAAGGACAUUUCGUGCAAACAGAAGAUGAACAAUUAACACUCCACUUUAAUGGCUCAAAGAUGAUUGAUGAAGAGACACAAGCUGAGGAAGUGAAUCUUACCCUAGCAUAUGUGGGAGAAAGACUAAAGAAAUUAACAUUGGAAAUGCAAAAAAGCGACCAAAAGAUGGUUCUUCCACCAAAUUUGAAUCCUGAAUCUUCUAAUCCUAUGGGUGCUUUGUUGAGUCCGUUCUCUAGCCUUGGAGAAUUUGAUCUUGACAACUCGGGAAGUUGGACGGAUGAUUUGUUCCGAAACAACGAGAUAUUCCAUGCUUUGGGUGAAGGCAGCAGUGAUGGCAGUGCAAACCAAGCCAAUAUGAAACUGUCACAAGAGAAGACGUCUGCUGUCCCAGGUCCUGCAGAUAUUCAGAGCACCAUUUUGACCUCACUAGCUGAAGUUGAUCAUAAAAUAGAAAGUAUCCCAGAGAUGCUUGAGAUAAAAGGCAUCACAGAUAUAGAGGCAAAGGUGCAAAACAUCAUGAAUAAGUUGGCAAAGGCUCGUGAAAUAUUGGAGGAUCAAGCAGAGGAGAAGAGAUUGAAAGAAGAGAUCGAGAAGGACGAAUUUGAUUUAAACGAAAAAAAAUUGAAGGUGGACAGGAUUCAGAAGAGGGCACGGGUUAUGUAAUUGUCGAAACCAUUUUUUUGAAAAACGGGGAUCGACUUUGAUUUUGAAAACAAAAACGAACAUGGGAGUUGCCACCAAUCUUUUUUUAUAAGGUGUGAUCGGGUUAUCUUGUAAAACCGUUGUUUUUAAUAAACGGUUUGGAUUUAUUAAAACAAUGCUUUUGGUUUGUGAAAUUCAGAAAGACAGGUUCGGGA